UAUUUCUCUUUUAUAUUUUCUUCUUUCUUUCUUCCCCAUGCCUUUGGUUCUUUCUUUUUGGGUUACCUCUUUACAUUCAGAUGCCAAAACAAACUCCAUUAUUGAAUCCCAAAUGCCGCUCCUCUCCGAUAACUCCACUUCCUCGGCACGGUUAUCGGCCGAGAACGCCGAGGCUGAGCGGCGCCUUCGUGAGGCGGAGGACCGUUUAAGGGAAGCCAUGGAAGAGCUUCAUAGACGUCAAAGGAAGGCCGCUUUUGGCGAUUCCCCGCCGUGUGACCAUGCUGAUGACUCUUGUGUGGCCAAUGCCAUUGGCAAUCUUUGUCAAAGCUUUCUCCUUUCUUAUGGUGUUAGAGUAGGUAUCGGGAUUCUUCUUCGUGGUUUCAAACUCGCUAGAGGAAAGUCUUAUUCUUCGCUUCUUGAUCUCAAGCAACUUGUCUCAGAGAAAGAUUUGAUUGUGAGAGAGGAAGCAUGCCGCAUUGGUUUACUUUUUGGUGGCUUUACUGGUUCAUACCAUGCACUCCGAUGUUUACUGAGAAAACGGAGAAAGAAAGAGACACCGCUGAAUGCAAUUUUAGCAGGUUGCAUUGCAGGAUUGUCGAUUUUAGCUCUGGAUGAUCCCAAUCGAAGGCGAACACUUUCAUUGUAUCUUUUGGCUAGAGUAGCUCAGUGUGCUUAUAAUUCUGCGAAAUCGAAAAAUAAGUUUCAUUUAUGGGGAAGCCAUUGGAGGCAUGGUGACUCUCUACUCUUUUCUUUAGCUUGUGCCCAGGUUAUGUACGCCUUUGUGAUGCGUCCUGAAAGCUUGCCAAAAUCAUAUAAAGAUUUUAUUCAGAAGACUGGUCCUGUUGCAGCUCCUGUAUAUAAGGCUGUACGGGAGAGUUGUAGAGGUGGUCCAGUGGAUGUUGAAUCUAUAUCAGCCUACUUAAAUAGCCGAGGGAAGUCUGAUACUGUGAAGGUGGAAGAGUUCCCGUCAAUAAUUCCUUGUUCUGUUAUUCAUCCGGACACAAAUUCUUGUCUAGGCCAUAAUGCUAAGGCAGUGUCAGCUACAUUCAGGAAAACAUUCCCGCUUUACUUCUCUUUGACUUUUGUGCCAUUCGUUGUUCUGCACUUACAAAAGUUCAUGGAUACACCUGGUCGUGCCUGUUGGCUUGCCGUUAAAGGUGCUGUUCAAUCAACAUCUUUCUUGUCUGCAUUUGUUGGAAUCUUUCAGGCGGUUAUAUGCUUGCAUAGAAAGAUUGCAUUGCAAGACCACAAGCUUGUAUAUUGGGUUGCUGGCGCUAUGUCGGGUCUUUCUGUAUUACUGGAGAAAAAAGCUAGACGUGGUGAACUUGCUCUCUAUGUUCUUCCUCGAGCUGGAGAAUCAUGGUGGUAUAUUUUAGUAAACCGCCAUCUGCUUCCUGAUGUUAAAAAUGCUGAGGUGGCAUUAUUUUGUGCAUGCAUGGGAGGAAUCAUGUACUACCUCGAAUAUGAGCCAGAUACCAUGGCCCCGUUCCUCAGAGGUCUUAUCCGUCGCUUCUUGACUAGCAGAAUAAGCAAUCCUGGCCCUUCAGUUAGUCGAACAGCUUCCUACGCCUGCUUGCAGAAUUCCGAGGCCAUGAACAAGCCAAAAGUUCAGGACAACCAGCAAGUUGAAACUUCAGCUUCUAAACAAUACAACCUUGAAUCCAUACCGGGGCUCUAAGCACAAUUUUGUUGCUUGUUAUAUCAUCCCGGAAAUUACAGUCUACCAAGCAUUCUUUUGCAAUUUAUAUUCACUUUGUUACUAAAUAUAUUAGUAGAUCAUUAGACAAAGAUUCAACUCCUCUUUAAGGCCAAUAACUAAAAUACAGGGGUCUAUUUGUAUUCCCGGUGUAGGAUCAGUCGCAAAAUCAUGUGUAUUCGGUAGUGUGCCAUGGGAACAGUCAUUGUUAUUUAAGAAAUGAUUGAACCAGAAGAAAUAAUUUGAUAGUAAAUGUAAGAUUUGCUCAAAAGGGUGAGCAUUUGCCCUAUAA